UUCACGGCGGGGGGCGAAAAGGUGGGAGUUUCUAACGGCGUUAGAAAAAAAGCUCUUCUUCUUCUGCGUCGCGUUGUCUCCGACUCAUAUUUGCUCAGAAGAACCCGUCCCCUCAUUUCGGAACAUCGUCUCUGCUUGUUGCCGACGAAUUGUUCUUUGGGUUUAAGGUUGGAUGAUAGAGAGACACUUGACUUUCUCUUACGAUGAGUACACGAAGAAAUGGCAUUUCCAGACAUCAGCGAGCUGACAACUCCCGUGGUGAAGGAGGAGGAGGGCCGAACUGGAUCCUAAUUGCAGGGGGUGCCUUGUUGAGCACUUUGUCUAUACGCUUUGGCUACAAGUUAAAGCAGUCUGUUCCUCCACAUUCUGAUGCCAAUGGGACAUCUGACAGAGGAAAAUCUCGAGGAGGAUGCUGCUGCUUGCAUUCUAGCUCAUCUUCUUGUGGAAGGAAUAAGGAUUGUUGCCUCCACAGCUGUCCAGGAACUGAGAAUGUGGAGGGAGACCAUGCCAUUAACGAACAAAUGGUGGUUCCCAGUAAUUCCCUGCCUCUUGUGACAGUUCCCGCUCCAUCAUACAUCAAAGAGAAUGGCCUCGGGUGGGCUGAUCACUUGGAAGUACCCAUGAAACCAUACAAUCAUCAGUCGACCUGCUCAGAUUCUCCUUGUGUAUCUGAAUCAGGCUCAGACAUAUUCAGCAAGCGAGAAGUAAUACAGAAACUGAGGCAACAGCUUAAGAGACGAGAUGACAUGAUACUCGAAAUGCAGGAACAGAUAUUAGAGCUGCAGAACUCGCUUAACUCGCAGAUGUCACACUCCAGCCAUCUCCAAGCUCAGCUAGACGCAACAAACAGGGAUCUGUACGAAUCAGAGAGAGAAGUGCAGAGGCUGAGAAAGGCAAUCGCUGAUCACUGCGUGGGACAGGCUGGUAGCAACAACGGCUGGAACGGGGAAUCAAACGGGUUUAUGGACAGCGAAAGCAACUACGAGUCGCCGAAGGGAUCAAAGGAUGGAGAGAGAGUAGAGAUGUUGAGGAAGGAAGUGAGUGAGCUUAAAGAAGUCAUAGAUGGGAAAGAGUAUCUACUUAGGAACUAUAAAGAGCAGAAAAUGGAGCUUUCAGAGAAGGUGCAAGAGUUGCAGCGGAGAUUGGACUCCCAGGUCCCAAACAUUUUGUAGGUUUGAAAGGUUAAUUGGUAUUUGUGCAUUCUUUACUAUCUUUUCUUGGCUAGGAGAGAAACAACAAAACAUGAA